AGCCAGUCCGCUCUCUCUCCGAGAGUGUGUCUAUGCUUUAAGUAAACUUUGCUUUGAGCUUACACCCGAAGUGUUAGUCUGCAAUUCUUUGCUUACUAUUACAAGGACCGAGAUGGCUGGUCCAGAUUCGUCCGUUGACCUCCUCGGUUGAAACUCUCCAAGACAACGCACGCCAAACCCAUAACAUGACCGGUCCCUUAACCCUCCCAUCAAAACCCGCCAGGACUCCGUGUUCACGAAUAUUUGCUGUUUAAUCAUCAGUCCUCCCGACCCCACAAAGCUCAGUAUGGAGCUGCUGGUGAUAGAAGAGAAUGAAGUCCAGCAGGACUCACUGGAUGAAUGUGAUUUGGCUGGUUCUAUUGGCCAUCAUCUGUCAGACUCCUGUACGCCUUACAGAAGUGCCUCAUUCCAGUCAGAUAAAAGGGAGGUCUCCUCAGCUCUAUCCGUAAAUGGUGACACCUGGGAGGACUGUCACCAAAGGCCUUUGAGUUUCCAAGGCCCAGGGGUACAAACUUCACAAGCACAGCUGCAGAAAAGCACCCACAUGACCAAUUAUCUGCAACUGCAGCUGGACCAGCAUUUCGUUUGUGGGCACAGCAAAGCCACACUCGGUCUUUCCUCCACCAUCUGGGGCUUUACUGCCAGCCCCGAUUCUGGAGGCCAAGGACCACUCUUCCUAGGGCCAGGGCUUCCCUGGUGGCGCAGUGGUUGAGAAUCUGCCUGCUAAUGCAGGGGACACGGGUUCGAGCCCUGGUCUGGGAAGAUCCCACAUGCCACGGAGCAGCUGGGCCCGUGAGCCACAAUUGCUGAGCCUGCGCGUCUGGAGCCUGUGCCCCGCGACGGGAGGGGCCGCGAUAGAGAAAGGCCCGCGCACCGCGAUGAAGAGCGGUCCCCGCACCGCGAUGAAGAGUGGCCCCCG